AUGGGAGUCCAAGAGUUCUUUUAUUUACCAGUUCUCCUCUUCACGUUGGUUUUACUUCACUCAGCUGUUACUCAGUACCACCGUGAUACACGUGAAGUCUCCAUCUUUGGUAGGAUGCUUCAAAAACACGUUUUUAAAACAAUCACUGGAGCAGCAUUCGGUGAUGUGUGUUUGCGGGAGUGUUAUCGUGACGUCAGAUGCCAAAGCUUUAACUAUGUGUUCACCCAAGACAAGCGUGAGCUGAGUAACCGUACAAAGGAAGCCAGGCCUGAAGAUUUUAUACCCAACUCUGAUAGAUAUUACUUCAGACGAGAUAUGAAGAGAGGUGAGCGUUAAGGUAAAAUGAUUUGGCUAAUUGUCUUGGAGGGGAGGAUUUCGCAGUUUUUCUUCACUUUCUCGUUUUCUUAUUUUCUAACUAUCCUCGGAGCCAUUCCAGAGCUUUCUGCAGACUCGUGCAAGGAAAUCAAGGCGAGCGAAGGUGGACAAGUGGUCAGCGGAAUAUACUGGCUGAAUUUCAUCAAACCUCACACUCCUGUGUUGGCUCAUUGUGACAUGAUAAGCGAAGGUAGAGUAAAGCAGUUAAACAGAAGGGGUAUACGGUAACACGUAUUGUACCUGGCAUACAAGCUAACUGUCAGCUUUUUCUGUCAGGUGCAAUAGGAAUGGAACAGUGUUAAAUAUUGUAGUGGGAAAAAGGGGAGGAGACUCAGUGGAGGUUAAAGGCGGACAAAGCUCCUCCCAUGGGGAAAGAGGUGGAUCUAGUUCUCAAGCCUGGAUCGGUGGUCGAGCCGGAGGUAUGAAUAACGGUAAUAACGAGGGCCCUGCACCAGGAACAGUUGGUGGGUUUGGCGGUGGGGGAGGUGGAUCAGAGGAUAAUGGUGUAUCAGGUGGAGGUGGUGGGUACUCUGGGGGAGGUAGUGGUAACCGUGAAAAACAAGCCGGAGGCUGAGGAGGCUCGUACUAUAAUGGCCAAGAUUGUUCCGGUUUGACUGGUGGGAACUCGAAUGAUAAUGGCCUUGUGCAAAUUAUAGAACUUUAGGGCUGAUUCCAAAACAUUUCUUGAGUAGUACAGUUAUUUUUCAAAAGCAGAUUUUCCCAUUAACAGGAAAAAGCCGUUUUAUUGGUAAUUGCAGAAGUUUUAUAUAUAUUCAAAUCCCUUGUUCCUUUCUCAACAUGAGAAGAUAAGAAUGCUCUUCCCCAGGCUAGAUAUUAAUAAUGUCACCGUCUAGGAUCAUAAUAUUCAACACGCUUUAGCUUAAAAAUCCUGACAUUUGAUAAAACUCUUUUAAAGUUUGCUUGUAAGAAUGUGGUCAAAAACCAUUAUAAAGUUACUAAUUUAAUUCAGGCUUGAGCACGUGACCCACCUCAUAAAUUAUAAAAUUCAUAAUUUAAAGGAGUGUAAUGAGUUCAAUCUAUUAACUAUCCUAUUAUAGAAAGUUUUUUUUAAUAGUAAACUCUUUAGAACUGGUCGAUAGUAAAACAAAAGGUACGCUUCACAGUAGGCACAGUCGUCUAGUAUUUUGUUGUAUAGCAUAAUAAAGAAAUUAGAGGAGGCGGUGUAGAAACAAAUCGAACAUUUUGAUAACCUCCUUUAAAGUGCGUAGGAAAUGUCUUGCCGGUUUAACGUUGUCCUCAGUCGAGCCGUGUUCACCUCUAAAGGUGGUUGUCAAUAAACACGAGCGGGAAACAUUCCAUUAUUACCUUCUGAUGUCAAAGAUUUUGUAAUGUUGUUCACUCAGAUCAGAAACUUUACAUAGGCAACAUUUUUAUUAUUGGAUGUCAUGUGACCCCAAAGUAACCAAUGAUAGCGCCUGCUGUUGAAAAAAAAAUUCCAGUUGUAUAACAAUAUCAGUUUUUGGUAAACAAGGUAAUAAGGUUACCAGUCGUUUCGUACCUUUUUUUUUCCAACACUUUCUCUUGUUGAAAGAAAAAAGGAUUCAAAAGAGACAAAUAGGUAGAAUAUUUUGUUAAACGCCACUAAUCAGUGUUUUGGAAGUUUAUCAAGUUAUCUAGGUAGCUCAUCUAGAAUUUUCAUAAAUCGUUGUCCUUACAGCAAUCUAAUACGUGGUAAAGUGACGUCUAUUUUCGUUAUGUUAGGGCGUUUGUUAUGAGUACAGAUUUAUUAAAUAACUUAGAGAAAAGUUUGGUCAUGCAAGUCAGCUAUAAGAUAUGGAGUAGUAAAAAAAAUACACAGGGUAAGACAUCGCUUAUAAGAGGUUUUGUAGUUUAUCGAUAAUCAUAAUAGUCCAUUUAUUGGAAUUUCCAUAACUCGUUUGCGAGCAUUAUAAUCAUAAGGACUUAAAAAGUGACUUUCGUAGAUAUUAUACCUAUAUUAUUGAUAUUUCACUCGAUAAAGCAAUAAUAAUAAAAAGGUCUAAGAAUAUCACUAAAUUAGAUAUUUGGUAAUGUGUUUAAGCCUAAUUUUUAGUCAAGUUGUAAAUUGUUCAACUCAUUUUGAUAAUUCUAGUUCAUUGUAGUACGUGGUAUUCAAAUUAUUUCAUAGCUUGGUUCAAACGAGAUCAUCAUUUCUAUUUCCGUGUGUAAACUUGCUAUCUAACUGGGCGUCAAAAUCUUCAAAACUCAGACUGUCCAUUUCGUUUUCUCUUUGAGGAUUUCCGCCUCUGUUCACAACAUUAUAACGUAUUUUAUAUUGUGUUGCUAUUUGCUAGUUCGCUUGUUCCGAAAUUUCACUCUCAAUUAGAGAAAAAAAAAGCUAGAGAGAAGUCCGGGAAAUGGUCAAACAUGGGACGAUUUGGCAGGAUAAUAACAUUUGGCUCAUUGCAAUUUUCGUCGCCCAAUAUCAAAAAUUUUUAUGAUUGACUCUGGGAUUUAGUCAUUCGAAAAAUACGUGCGUAUCUCUUUCCAUAAAAGCAAAACGAAAAAAAAAGCGCUUUGUAAACAUUGUAUUGAAUGUGGUUCGAAUGGCAUUCUGUGAUAAAUUAAACGAACUCCUUACGUAAAUCAAAUUAUUUUCAUUUUCCUCCAUCGUUUCAGGGGAGUUCAUAAUAUUACUUACACUACUUUCUUGGAAAAUUGCUAGUGCGAUCUGUUAAUUAAAAGUCUAAUUAAAAAAAAAAAGAGAUCGGUUUGCUGCGGACGGUUUGACAUAAAUUUUUGAUUCGAGAUAAGCUCAUUUAAGCCAUGAAAACUGUGGAAAUACAUGAAGGAAAUGGGAGCUUAGAGUUUAACACCAAGACAUUACAAGACUUAUCUUUCUGAUAAAUAAUCACAAGUAUCUGGGAAAGCUAAAACAUUUAGCUGCUAUGCCUGACCCCAGUGUUUCAAAACUUUCCAUUGAUUUGCGUCUUUAUCAAUUGAGAAGAGAAAAGGGCGCGCACUUUCUGCUGUUUUGCAAAGGAGAAACAUUUGUUAAAGGAGUUGUGCUAAUUAGGAGUUUUAGAAAGAUUUAAAACGGGCAGAAAAUGAUAGAAUAGAGAACAAGUCAAGUAUGAAGACGUAGGCAUUUACUGUGUUGUGUCGAUGCUCCUAUGUGCUAUUCCUUUUCUUGCGAAAAAUAAGGAAUGUAAAAAUCUUCAUAAAAUCCUAGGACCACCUUUCUUGUUUUCUUCUCAAACAUCUUAGAACUAAGUACUUUCCUCAUAAUUAUUGAUAUACAGCGCGAUAUAAAAAAAUUGAAAUUUAUCCUUAAAUUUUACCAGCAUUCUGUACAUCAAGUAUGCAGAGAAACAGCCCUUACGAUUUUUUUCUCAUACAACCAAGAGAUAUUUUCUAAAGAAGACUAAGUCAUCGAUCUGUUUUGGAUCUGCAGGUGAACAAAAAAUUUCUCUUAAAAUACUUGUUUUUGGUAAUACCGGCCUCUGUUUGUCUGCAAAGAACCUUGACACCUGUUCAACCACUUGUUUCUAAACAUCAAAGACUCUGGGAUUAUAAUUGUAAUCUACUCCAAGGUAAUAGCAGACUGGUGAAAUGUAAUACAAACAAUUACUUUCGGGUAGCUUGAUUCCCUAAAAAAAUUCUAAAUUCCCCUAAACAGUUUCCAAGAGGCGUUAUCAUCUACCUUGGAUAGCAAUCAAGGUACGUACAAGAUAUGUAAAGUACCAGGUCAGAUAUUUUGAAAAGUUCAUCUGAUAUACAGAACAGCUGAAGGUUCGAUCGCUACAGUAUAAACUAUAGCAUUUGUUCUUCCUCUGUUUAAGCGUUGAAUCCUCUCACCAAUAUACAUUUAUCAGGACUAUUUUAAAGAUUUACGAAAUUCACACAUUUCUUAAGGGAAGCAUAAAUAAAACUUGGCAGGUUUUCAAUUAAACAAGGCUGAAUCUCAAGGUUCAUUUUCCAUCCUUAUGUCUGUCAAAGCUUUGUUACUGGCGAUAAAUUACAAAUCACUUUUCAUUGAUAAAUGUACACUUUCGUAUGGAAAGCAAAUGUGUACGAUUUGAGAACAACAAUAAAAAAUAAAAUUCAACUUUUAAUCGUUUUGAAACCUUAUGUGACAAGUUAACGGCUUAACUCGUAAAAAUACUUAGCGAUACUACACACCUAAACUUCUAGUAAGAAAGUUAUUAGAGGGUGGAAGUACAGCUAGAAAUUAUCUUUGAUGAAAAUAUUUCUUGUCCUCAGUUCCUCUUGGUUCCAUUCCUGAAUUUCCAGCGGAAACAUGUGAAGAGAUAAAGGCCAGCGAAGAUGGAAAAGCGAAAAGUGGCGAGUACUGGAUUUAUUCCAUUAUAACGGGAAAAACUGCUCUGGUUUCUUGCGAUAUGGAACCAGAAGGUAAAAAUAUUCAAGUUCUUGUUGUUGCAACUGAUAUGAAUGUGAAAAAGUUUGUUUAAAAAUUUAUAGUUCUAGUAAUUUAGAUAUAAAGGUAAUAACAAUAAUAUACACUUUUUGUUGCCUUUCAAUGAAAACCUUAAAGCAACCAUCAUAAAUAGUAGCAGACCUUACCCUCAUCAUUUCCCAUUUGCACAUAUCCGUAUUUAUUGAGUAAAAAAAGUUAUGUGUACUCUAGGAUUCGGUAGACUUUCAAGGGCCAAAUUCUUUCGAUCAUCACGGCUCGACCAAGGAACUUUAGCAAGUGAUUAAUUGUAAAGCAUUCAGACCAAACUAGCAUAUGAAUAUGCAGCUUUUGCAGGCAAAUGUGUGUGUUUGAUGACCGUUACCAUUUUAACCGACUACCAUCCAUACCAAAAAAAAAAAAAAAGCAUAAAAUCGACUCAUGUAUAUGGCCUGCAACAUUUCUGGCGCGGUACUAAUUAUUCCUGUCCUACCUUGUAUGUGAUAUUUGUAUCAACCUGCUAAUCUAUAUCAACAGACAUUGAUGAAUGUGCCAGCGGUGUUCACAAUUGCCACAGUUCAGCCUCAUGUACCAACACUGUAGGAUCGUUCAAGUGCUCAUGUAACCAGCCCUACAUAGGGGAUGGAAGAUCUUGCAUUCCUCUCCCAUCAGGUAGAAAGUUGAGUCGGGUCUUCCAAUGUUGCUGCUUUUGUAACUAUGCUUUCACGCAGGCAUCCGGCUUGACGUAGAUACAAACAACAGGGGGGUAAUAAACUUAUUACUCAGAUAGUAAUCAAGCAACUAACAACUUACUUAUUUUGCUUCAUUUUUGCGCUCAAGGAUUUUUGUUGCGUCAUAUCUUUGGAUUUCACGUGACGUUAUGAAAAUCGAAAAUCCAAAAUAAUUAACAAUAAUCCACUUAAGUGGAGGAGAGUAGUCAUGGAUAUUUAAGCGCCGAGGUAAAUAUCCACCACUUUAACCGACAGUGGUAAUGAAGAAUGUUUGAACUUCAGACAAUAUAACGAAUAUUGGUUGAAAAUUAGAUUUAACUUAAUAGAACUUGCAAAUCAUUCCCGAACCAGCCAAUCAGCGCACGCAAAAAGCACCAUUCACUCAGGUGUUUUAUACUAACCAGGGCACCAACUCCUUGGUGUUCGACGGAAGGGCACCAACUUGGCAUCCCCAUAAUGAGCUCUUAAAAUUUAGUGUACAAUAGCUCACUCUCCUGGGGUCGGACGUUCAGUAUGUAGUUUUGCUUUUAGUUUUCAAUUGGAUGACAGUGAAAUCCAUUAGGCAACAACAGGGAGAGGAUAGCGGUUGAUAUCCGGUUGGCUAAAUGGUGCUCACCCCACAGUGGCUGAUGGUCAGGUCACCAGGACAGUUUGCUUCCACUGGGGAUCAAACUGCUGCAACUGGUCAAGAUCCGUCAAUGUGAUAAACUGCAACGAUUACUAUGUUUACUACAUAACUGGCACACCCGGAUGUUCCCUCCGCUACUGCAGCACAGAGUAA